UUGCUUGGCUGGUGUGGUUUAUGGCCCUUUUCAGAUCAUACCAGUACCAGCUUGCAAUAAUAAUCAAAGUUUGAUCGUUAUUUUGUUUAUUUGUACACGCUGUCCUAUUCGAAAGGAUAAGCGAUGGUUUUAAUUUGAAGGAGCGCCGGCCCCCACUUCCCACGUCUCCGCAGCGGUUUUGUUGUGAACGUGAUGAAGUUAGCAGCUCUGACAGGCGCGGCUAGCUAGCUAGCAGGCUAGCUGCCAGGCGAGGGACUUAACCCACUUAACCCGAGUGACACAAACUACUCUAUGUAAGAUGAACGCUGAUGACAAGUUGGAUGGCAUGCUGCUGAAGUGCAGCAGCGGAGGGAUAGAUGGAGGAGGGCGAGUCGGGCUGGCCGGCGGAGGAGGACUAGUGGUGAUGACCCUGGGUGAACGGUCACUGGUGAACCACCCUCUCUUGGCCGAGGACGACGACGACGAUGAAGACGACGAGGAGGAGGAGGAGGACUUGACCGGGACCUCGCUGGUCACUCACGACCUUGUCCCACCAGAGCAGCUGAUGAUGCAGGAGGAGAUGAUGAAGAAUAAUGGUGGUGGAGAUGGAGAAGAGGAGGAUGGAGGAGGCGAGGUGGGAGUGCAUUUCCCCCUAAAACUCACCAAUAAGUUGCCGUGCUUGCUACAUAUGCCAAUGAGCAUCAAGCAGGAAGUGAAGCUGUCUGAACCAGCAGUCCAGAUAAAGAAGGACAAGAAAGGAUCCAAGGACCUGCUGGUGUGUCCCAAGAAGAAGAAAAGGAAGCAGCAUUCACCAGCAAAGAUUCUCAGCAGCAAUGACGACGAAUCAUUGGGCAUGCAGAAUCCCAAGUGUCACAUCUGUAGUCACUGUAAUGCUGCAUUCAGAACCAACUAUCAUCUGCAGAGGCACGUCUUCAUUCACACUGGUGAAAAGCCAUUUCAGUGCAGCCAGUGUGACAUGCGCUUCAUUCAGAAAUAUCUCCUCCAGAGACACGAGAAGAUCCACACUGGUGAAAAGCCUUUUCGCUGUGAUGAGUGUGGGAUGAGAUUCAUUCAGAAGUAUCACAUGGAGCGACACAAGAGGACUCACAGUGGAGAGAAGCCCUACCAAUGUGACUACUGUCACCAGUACUUCUCCAGAACAGACCGGGUUUUAAAGCACAGGAGAAUGUGUCACGAGAACAGGGAGAGAAAGACCAACAAGGCUGCUGGAAAAGUGGGAGCUUCACGUGAAGCAGAUUCUUUAGGUCUCCCCAUGCUUGCCAAAGAGUGCUCACUGCCCAAGAAAAAGCGCCAGAAGUGUGCAGACAAGAGCUCAGGCGCUUCCUCCACUGUCCAGACGGAAGGGCACAUCAUCGCUGUUGUAGAAACGGAGGAGAAGGAGGAGCAGAGACAGAAAAAAAUUGAAGGUGUACCUCUUUAUGAUGUGUCCUCCAAAGUCAAACACGAGUAUGUGAUCGCUGACUACUCAGUGGAGUUUCCUGAAGACACGGCCGGCCACCACCAAGAAGAAGAAGACGUGUCAUCAGAGGAGACGACCCCUCCUAAGCUCGUUCUGAAGAAAGUCCCCAAGAGGAGUCUGAAACAGUCCAGUGAACAAACUCCUCCGUGUCUGUCCACGUUGUCUUCCUUCGAGGAAAAUACCAAGGUCACACAGUAUACCUUUGAAAUCGUGGACAAGCAAGGCCUUUUAGAAAUUGAAAGCAACACUGAACUGGAGUCAGUCGAAACCCUUCAAGGUGGACCAACAAAGCCAGCAGCCAGCAGCACAAACUACGACGACGCCAUGCAGUUCCUCAAGAAGAAACGUUACCUUCAGGCUGCGAUGGCCAACAACAGUCGGGAUUAUGGCCUGAACACAAGCAGCAUCUCCUCCCAGCCGCCUGUUACACAAACCGUGGUGUCAGCAGUCAUUGACGAAACUGUCCCCGUCACCAUUCUGGAUUCGCAGCCAAUCAACGCAGAGAUCAAGGCAGCUCACGACAAGAGUGUGUUACCAGAUGAGGUUCUUCAGACGCUGUUGGAGCACUACUCCAACAAAGCUAACGGGCAGUCGGACAUUUCCUUUAGCGUAGCAGACACGGAGGUGACGUCAAGCAUAUCCAUCAAUUCCUCCGACGUUUCAGACAGCAGCCCCGUUGAGAGCCUCGGAGCCUCCAGCGCCCAGGCUCCCCCGGCGACAGAGAAGGUCAGCCUCCUGCAAGAAUACUCCAAGUUUCUCCAGCAAGCCCUGGAGAGGACCAGCCAGAACGACACCUACCUGACCAGCCAGAGCCUCAGCCUGGUCUCUGAAAGCCCCACGUUAGCCGGACAGCCUCUGUUCUCCACAGAGAAACAGUUUCCUUCCCCCAGCAGGUUCAAAUCAGGAAUGAGCUCCCCGCUGAGGUCCACUUUAGACAAACCUCACUUUGGAUUACUGGUCGGGGACUCCCAGCACUCGUUUUCAUUUUCAGGCGAUGAAACCACCCCUCCCUCCGCAGUGUCCCCUGCUGAGGAGGACUUUCUGGAGCAGGUCUCGCCCUCUAAAAAGACAGAGUCCUCACCGGGAAUACUGCAGACAUUUCAGAUAAGCUCCUUCGAUCAGAACUUCAAAACUCACUUCCAGACAUCGAGAUCUGGAGCCUCCUCACAGUUUACUGUAAACAACGGACAAGUAAGUCUCCGGGGACACAGCACGGACUUCGCAGAGUUCCCCUUAGUCAGAGUCACUGAGACCAGAUCUCAACUGAACUCCUCCCCAGACGUUUCAUCCAGUGAAACAUUUGGCUGAAGGGACCGGGGACCGGGGACCGGGGGGUGGGGGGGUCGUCAUUCAUUUCUGUCAAUAAUUUCGGCUGCACUUUAUCUCAUGUCUCCUGUUUUGCCAAAACAAGUCCUGUUGUAAACGAGUGCUCUUUCUCAAAGCAUUUUUAUCAGAAAACUCAUUCAUGAUCUUUUUUUCUUGCUAAGUUCAACAUUAACUGAAUGGAAGUACUGACAAUGAAUUAAUCACGAGCAUUUCCCCUUUAAAAAAAAAGUGAAUUCUAAUCAUGUGUGGGUAUAUUUCUCCCUCCAGAAUGUACAUGAAGAGACAAGGUGACCAAAGUGUUAAGUGUGAGGAAAUAAUAUGAAAACAAUAAUGAAAUAUUCUCUCAUACUUUUGCCAUAGAGUUUAUUUUGAAUGUUUUUAUUUGUCAAUCAGUUUGCCUUUUGCUGCUUAAUGCAAUAUUUCCACUAUUUAAAAUGUAGGCCCUAUUUAUGUAUGCCUUUUUUGCUCUUUCUGUAGCUACCUCCCCCGAGCUGUGUAUCUGGUUCAAUUUCAGUUCACUAUGACGCCAGGGCCACACUGGAUGGGUGAGCGGUGCUUGUGCAUUGCAGUCCGUCUCGCUUCUCAUUUCUGUGCCUGUGUCAUCACAUCAGAGCGGCCACACUGCCCAUGCUUUUCUUUUAGAUAGUUUUCUCUGAAGUACCGCACUUGGUUCACAGCAAAAUAGAUGGUGAAAAUGAACUUUCACCAGAGUUUCAAAGACAAACGGUUGAAUAUGUCACAAACAUGGAUAUUUAGGUAAAAGCACCCUCGCGUUUCUGUUGACUGAAUCCAUUUAUCUGUUUUAACAAGGUGUUGUUAUUAUAGGACCAGAAGAUGCACAACUUUCCUACUGUAGAGUCCUGGCAUUUAGUUGAGCACAUAACUUUAUUAUACUAUAUAUAUAUAUAUAUAUAUACAGUCAUCAAAGCAGAAACUUCACGUAGCAGCUUCGCAGCAGACACACAACAGACACCUGAACACCAAGCGAGCGAAAUGCAGUAGAUCAGUGACGCAGCUGUCACACACUGCACACUCACCCAGUGUGGCCCAGGUGGGAACUCCUGUUAAACUGCUCAUUAAAAUGAAACCAUCAUUAGAGAUUAUUGACUAUAUGUCUUAUUGAACUGGCCUAAAAUGGGUGUUUCUACACAAUGCGUGUAAUGACUGCGACAGAAAAAUACUGAACUGACAUUGUUUGUCAGAUCUGAUUCUCAUUCACAGAUUGGACCUGAUUUGGUUUCUGUGAUGUCCAAAAAAAUUUGAUAUUCUCAAUCAUGAAUUGUUUAACAGUCAUGGCUGAAUUUCCAGGCAGUGACUUUUACAAAUAUAACUUCAGUGCAGUAUAAACUGUGCAAUAUAUAAAAAGGCUGGGCUGAAUUAGAUCUGAAAGAUUUUCUCCCCCCCCCAAAAAAAGCUGCACGCAUGUAAUGACUGCAGGAUAAUUCUUAUUUUCUCUUGGUUGUUGUGAAAUCACAUAACAGGAUUGUGCUUAAUGUUUGCACAACUUGCACAUUCUUCACUACAAGGGAUGUGGCACUUAUUUCACAGUGGAUGAGUUGCAUUAUACCUUUAUUUAAAAAAGGCAAAAACUGAGAUUUCUGACAUGGACCACUUACAGUGAAAGCCCCUGUGUCAGAUUUACAUUAUGAGAUGACCCUCUUUGCUUUAGUCACUUAGCUGCAGCUUGAUGUCUCGUUCUUAUCGGAGCUUGCACAGGUUUCUGGGGAACAAAACAACCAUGACGAGAACCCUUUCUUUUCAUUGAAGGUCAAAGGUCAAAGGAAACAAGGUGAUUGGAUUUCAAGUUUCAUCAGUUUUGUAUUUGUGCCUUUCUUUCUUUUCUUUUUUAUCUUUUUCUUUUCUCAUUCUUUUACAUGCAUUUCUCUGCCAAUGUUCUAAAGUUACUAAUUCAACUUGCACAAUAACAACACACAUAAGCUAUAUCAACCUGUUCAGUCUGUGAUGCGUUGAGAUGUGGGAGCUUUGUUUAAUUUUGCCCGUUAUAGACUUUAAGAAAGAAAUAGCACAGAGUCACGUCUCAAACCAUUAUCUGUACCAUGCUACAGUUUGUCCAUAUGAGUCAUGUUAUAUAUAUAUAUAUUCGUAGUUUUGAUAAUGAUCAGCUCGUAAGCAACAUCUGUCUAUAGGCCUUGUUUUACAUAUGGUUGAGUGAGGUCUCUUCUGUACUUUAUCGCACUGUUCACUGUAUUCCACGUGUACAUGUUUGUGUAACGUCUUAGGUGCUAUUGUGUUGAUCACUGUACCAACGAAAAUUAGGUUCUCUCCCUCCCCCUCGAGCUCCCUCUUGUUAACGUUUCUGCUGACAAUCAGGGACAGACGGACAUAGGCGCCGAUUCUGUGGGUGAUCCGGGGUAACAUUAGCAUUGAUUUGAUACUAAAACUAGGAUUGGUAAUCCUGGAAAAGAUAUCAAGAGCAGGCUACCCUUUGAAAAAAAAAAAUGCAACGAAACAUCCCACCCGCUCCCAUUGGCUCUCUCUUCAAAGCUACGCCUCCAAAACACAUGAACAUACACUGACUGACAACUGCUGGAAGCCGUCUUUUCCGUGACUUGCCCGCUAACUUCCGUCUAUCGUCUCUGCUUCAGCUGUGUGUCUCUCCAGCUGAAGACUCCAGUCAUGCGCAAUCAGAGCACAGGCAGGGUGCACACAUACAUGCAGGUUGGUUAGUGAUUGUGAACAGGAUUUCAACAACUAGGAUUAAAAGUGUUUCAGAAACAACUGACCAACCCUAAACUUCACGGAUGGUGUGAGAUUACAACAACUGGAGGGACCACACGUCUGUGAUUGCUUGCUACUCUGUCAGUGUCCUGCUCAAAACCCUAAUCCCCAAUCACCGUCAGUUAAAUUUAAGAUCUCCGGUCAUAUGUUUUAUUUAGGGCGAGUGUCAACUAAGAUGAAAGUUACUUCACGGCUCACUGACCUGUGUGUGUGUGCAUGUGGGUCGUCCCUGUUAAUUUCCUAAGGUGCUGAAAUGCACGCAUUUGUCUACUUUUUACAAAUCCGCAAUUCAAGUAAGCUAUGGUUUUUGCAUUAGCUUUAUUUUAGGACGUGGGGGGCGGGUCGGCGCAUUCAACUGUUUCAAGCACCCAUUGGCUGCGGCAUAAAUCACCCACCCGCAUUAAUCCCAAGAUACUUUAUUUUAUCCUCAUUGAACAUUCCCUCUAGAAUGUACAGACAAUAUUCUGCUGUAAAUACAUUGUAUAUUUUUACGUUCUGAGAAGUACUGUUAGAUCUCUGUGUCGAUCGCGGGACAAGGCUCAUGCAAGAGACACUUUUUGUCAGAGAAGGGCACAUCUAUUCGUUUUCAGCAUUCACGCUGCGUGUUCCUGAGGAUAGUGUGUAAACAAUGUUAGUAAAAGACAAUUUACACUUUUACGGUUUUAUUGGUGAUAAAAUUGCUUGGGAAGUUAAUGCAGUUGAUUUUUGCAUCAUGAUGGGUUUUUACUGUACAAAUCUGUAUGUAGAAAAGCACCCAGAAAGUAAUACUCCAGCAUUUUAGUAUUCAACCUCAGCAGCUUAAAUUCAUGUCAGUUCAAGUAGAUUUUGUGUGGAAUAUCACGCAAAAAAAAAUCUCUUUCCGUAGGUAAAAUAUUCCUUUACCUCCCUGUUUCACUGAAAGCAGUUUUUAAAAGCACAUUGCAGAUGAGUAAUUCUGUUUUGGGAAAUUGUAAACUCCCUUAAAAUGUUCAUUUUGAAUUCAGUUACAAAAAACCUGUUGAUGGAGAUUCAUGACCUUUUAUGAGCAGAACAACGGUAUUUUUCCUUUUAAUGAACUACUGUCAGUAACCUGGCCAUAAGUGUCCUUGUAUAAGCUAGAGAGAAAAAAAAAGCUUGUCUAAAAAAAGAAAAAGAUCUGAAUUAUGAAUUUUUUGAUAAAAAGUAUUUUUGAAACAUGUCAUCUAUUGCUACCCUCGUUUUCUCUCUGUAUAAGUCCUUUGUGUCAAGAUGAUUCAAACAGGAUGGAGCGUGAACCUGAACAGGCGUUUUCAUACUUUUAACGAACUCUGACGAGGAAGCCUCAUCGCUCCACUGCCACCGUGGGGCGGGAAUAGCGCUGAUCUUAAGUUAGACGGUGAGGUUUGUUUGCAUGGGCUCUAACUUGUCGGGUCGAGUGAACUUGUUCUUUUGUUUUUUUUAAUAAUGUGCAGCUUUAAUUGUAGCUGGUAAAUUUCAGUCAAGUAACCCCAUAUGAUUAGAACUUUUUGCAAUAUGUUAUGGUUUGUAAACAAUCAGAUUAAAUUGUUGUUUUGAUUGUUGUGUGUCAUGUCCUUAUAAAUAAAAAUGAUUCACAACAUGA